AACCGAAUUUGCAACACGUAAUCGAAGAAGAACGUUCAGUCGUUCACAUAAAAUCAGUUUUUAUCGUAUUAUCAAGCAAGAAGAACGAAUAUGGUACUGUACAAGAAGUUCCGUUAGUUCAUUUUUGUUCCCUUGAUUAUUAUUUUAGAGAAGUGGGCAGUGUUUGUAUUGAAAGUGUAAAGUUGAAGUGAUUGAAAAAAAACUUGUUAAGGUGACACGUAGCGAUGUCAGUGCAAUUCAAUCCCGAAUCGGAAGUAGAAAAGUUAAAUAACUCUUAUCAAACGGUGUACUACAUUAUAGCCGAUAAAGAGGCGACGGCCAACGACAAGUUCGAAGAAGACUACCAAGUGCAAACGAUAACACCAUCUGAUAGUGCUACUGGUACAGUUAUAAGGAAGCGCAGAAAAAUUGAACUGGUGCGAAAAAUGCAAGGUCAAGUUCCUGGCACGCAGGCAACCCAGCCUCCACUGCCGCAACAGCAGAUCCAAGUGCAGAAUCAACCCCAAACAGUGGUUAUCCAGCAGCAACCACAGGCCGUUCAGGUCCAGCAGCAGCAGCAACAACAACAACAAGUCGUACAGAACAAUGCGAAAAUCGAUCAGGCCCCUCAGUUGUCCUCAGUCGGAUUACUAGAAUUGGCCCAUCGGGAAUACCAGGCAGUAGACUACGAAAAUGCAGAACGUCACUGUAUGCAACUAUGGCGCCAGGAAAGCAACAACACUGGCGUCCUGCUACUGCUUUCGUCGAUCCAUUUCCAGUGUCGCCGUUUGGAUAAGUCAGCACAGUUCUCGACAUUGGCAAUUAAACAAAAUCCGCUGUUGGCUGAAGCAUACAGCAAUCUGGGUAAUGUGUACAAGGAGCGUGGCCAACUACAGGAAGCCCUAGAAAACUAUCGCCAUGCUGUACGCUUGAAGCCGGAUUUCAUCGAUGGCUAUAUUAACCUGGCCGCUGCUUUGGUAGCUGCUCGCGAUAUGGAACAAGCAGUCCAAGCGUAUGUCACGGCACUGCAGUACAAUCCGGAUCUUUAUUGCGUGAGAAGCGAUUUAGGAAAUCUUCUGAAGGCACUGGGAAGAUUGGACGAGGCUAAGGCAUGCUAUCUCAAGGCAAUCGAAACCAGACCGGACUUUGCAGUGGCAUGGAGUAAUCUGGGAUGUGUUUUCAACGCCCAGGGCGAAAUCUGGCUCGCCAUUCAUCACUUCGAGAAAGCUGUGGCACUGGAUCCAAACUUCUUGGAUGCCUACAUCAACCUGGGCAACGUGUUAAAGGAGGCCCGAAUCUUCGAUCGAGCCGUCGCUGCCUAUUUACGUGCACUAAAUCUUUCGCCCUACAAUGCUGUCGUCCACGGUAAUCUGGCGUGCGUAUACUACGAGCAGGGCCUCAUCGAUAUGGCCAUUGACACUUAUCGACGAGCCAUCGAACUGCAGCAGAAUUUCCCCGAUGCCUACUGCAAUCUGGCUAACGCCCUCAAGGAAAAAGGACAAGUCCAGGAAGCUGAGGACUGCUAUAACACAGCUCUUCGGUUAUGUCCUAACCAUGCCGAUUCGCUUAACAACUUGGCAAACAUCAAGCGAGAACAGGGUUACAUUGAGGAGGCAACACGACUAUACUUGAAGGCGUUGGAAGUUUUCCCCGAGUUUGCAGCAGCGCACUCCAAUCUGGCAUCGGUGCUGCAGCAGCAGGGCAAGUUGAAUGAGGCUCUUUUGCACUACAAGGAGGCAAUCCGUAUUCAGCCGACGUUCGCUGAUGCGUACUCCAAUAUGGGAAACACGUUGAAGGAGAUGCAGGAUGUAGAUGGAGCACUACAGUGCUAUACACGAGCAAUCCAAAUCAAUCCUGCGUUUGCUGAUGCGCACAGCAAUUUGGCCAGCAUACACAAGGAUUCCGGCAACAUUCCGAAUGCGAUUCAGUCAUACAGGACGGCUCUUAAAUUGAAGCCCGAUUUCCCAGACGCAUACUGCAAUCUGGCACAUUGUUUACAAAUUGUUUGCGACUGGACUGACUAUGAAACACGAAUGAAGAAACUGGUUGCUAUCGUGGCUGAUCAGUUGGAAAAGAAUCGAUUGCCGUCGGUUCACCCGCAUCAUUCGAUGUUGUACCCGCUAUCGCAUGAUUUCCGUAAGGCAAUUGCCGCUCGACAUGCAAAUUUGUGUCUGGAGAAAAUUAACAUCCUUCACAAGCCGCCGUAUAAAUUUUUACGUGAGCUCAACGGUCGUCUAAGGAUCGGUUAUGUAAGUAGUGAUUUUGGGAAUCAUCCCACGUCACAUUUGAUGCAGUCGAUUCCUGGAAUGCAUGAUCCAUCCCAGGUAGAAGUGUUCUGCUAUGCACUCAGCCCAGAUGACGGAACAGCGUUCCGGAACAAAAUUUCACGGGAAAGUGAGCAUUUUAUUGAAUUGUCACAGAUUCCUUGCAAUGGUAAGGCAGCCGAUCGAAUUCAUGCCGAUGGUAUUCAUAUUCUGGUCAAUAUGAACGGCUACACUAAGGGAGCGCGAAAUGAAAUCUUUGCUCUAAGACCAGCGCCUAUUCAGGUUAUGUGGCUAGGCUAUCCAGGAACUAGCGGAGCUAGUUUCAUGGACUACAUCGUAACAGAUGCGGUGACGUCUCCGAUGGAAUUGGCCGAUCAAUAUAGUGAGAAACUUGCGUACAUGCCCCAUACAUAUUUCAUAGGAGACCAUCGACAAAUGUUUCCGCAUUUGAAGGAACGUUUGAUUGUUAGUGGAAAACAGCAGAACAACCAGCUAGUCGACAACGUUGCAGUCAUCAAUGCGACCGAUCUUUCCCCGCUGGUAGAGAACACUGACGUAAAAACGGUUCGUGAACUUGUGAUCACUAAUAAACCGGUAGAGAUUCAACACAAAAUCGUCGAACUUCCUACAACAACACCGGUUGAAACAAUGAUUGCAUCCGGCCAGAUUCAGACCUCGCUAAAUGGUGUCGUUGUGCAGAAUGGAUUGGCCACUACACAAACCAACAACAAGGCAGCCACCGGUGAAGAAGUUCCGCAGAGCAUUGUUGUUACAACACGACAGCAGUACGGUCUUCCGGAUGAUGCGGUAGUGUAUUGCAACUUCAACCAGCUGUACAAAAUCGAUCCCCAUACGCUGACUUCGUGGGUAAACAUCUUGAAGAAUGUGCCAAACGCAGUGCUUUGGUUGCUUCGGUUCCCUGCAGUUGGCGAAACCAAUAUCCAGGCAGCCGCUCAACAGAUGGGUAUUUCGCCUGGCAGAAUCAUCUUCUCCAAUGUUGCCGCUAAGGAAGAACACGUCCGCCGUGGACAGCUGGCGGACGUUUGUCUAGAUACGCCAUUGUGUAACGGGCAUACCACUUCGAUGGAUGUACUGUGGACAGGAACACCGGUCGUUACGCUGCCCGCUGAGACAUUGGCAUCGAGGGUGGCUGCAUCACAACUCGCCGCACUCGGCUGUCCGGAGCUGAUCGCCCGAAACCGUCAGGAUUAUCAGGACAUCGCUAUCAAACUGGGUACCGAUAAGGAAUAUCUUCGGGCGAUUCGUGCCAGAGUGUGGGUGGCCCGAUGCGAAAGUCCGCUAUUCGACUGCAAGCAGUACGCGCAAGGACUGGAGACACUAUUCUACAAGAUGUGGGAACGGUUCGAAAGAGGUGAACGCCCCGACCACAUAUCGGCCAAAGAAACCUCCAAGUGAGUAGCGAUGUUGAACUGAACACACAUUCAUUCACACACUGCUAAUCGUGUGGAAGGAAACCGGCAGCAAUGUAAAGUGAACUAUAUUUUAGAGAUCACGCAUUCUGUUUUAACCGAAUGAAGUUGUUUUUAGAUAAUAGGUUUAUUCUAAGACACCAGUUUUGAUUUUUAACGUACACCUUCAAAAUUGACAAAAAUGUGUCUUGCUAAUGAUCAAUUUAAAUUAUAGUAACUAUAAUUUAAACUAUUUUUAGUAGUAUUGAGAUAUUGUAUAAAGUAUAAUAAUUGAAUGGUAUAAUAGUUGAUGUUUUUAAUACUUUAUUGAUAAGACAUGGAAUUCGAGUUUGAGUUAUAAGGAGUGUGAUUUUUUUUUUUGAUUUUUCCACCUUAACUUGAAAAAAUUAUGCACGUGAAAUAAUUUUUUCCUUGCAACUCAUAAUCUGUUUUGCGCAGUUACAACAAAUAUAUAUAAACAAAUAACUUUUGAGUGAUUCAACUUUAAAAAAAUGCUCGAAACUAAAUGAAAUUGCAAAACUAGUGGCAAAUGCAGAAAAUGAUAGUACUAAAUAUUACAAUACUAGCAAUGCUACUUGUAGAUAUCGUCUUAAAUUUUAUCCUACUGGUUGCAUUUUACAGUACAGUAGCACUUUAGUUAUGAAUGUAAUGUUCGAAAACACAAACAGCAGAUAGGUAACACGCAAGCGGCAACACAGAGCAUGUAUAUCAUAUUUAAGCGUAAAUAUGAGGGAUAGAAGGCUGCGGUAUGAAUGCCAUGGAACAACUGGUGCCUGAUACAGUAUGACACAUUUGUAAUGCAUAACGAACUAAUGCUGUCUCUCUGGCACAAACGGCACUGACCCUUCUUGCACAGCAGCAUGAAGCAAAUUAAUGAAACGUUUUCCCACAAUUCUUACAGCUGCUCAGUUUGAUCGCUGCGAUCGUUUUUGUAAAUAGAUGUAUCCGCCCUUAGAGAACUAGUGAAACAAAAAAACAGAAACUAAUGUUUUCUGAAUUCAACUAUAUGAGUAAUAGUAUGAAAUAAAUUCAUGUUACUUAGCAAAA